GAUCACGACUCCACGAACCUCGCAUCCAGAAUAUUUGACCAUCCAGUUGCACUUUUCUUUGGAGGCUUAUGGCUGUAUACAACUUUCGCCCCCAUCGCCACUCGGAUCGGCUACAAAAGGCAUGCGAGGCGACUAUGGGGCGUUGCUGCGAUAUUACUUGUCCAGCAAGCGCAUUUC